AUGAAAAACAUUAUGAAAUCUAUAAGAGAACGUCGUGAUGCCGACAGUAGUUCAUCCGACGACACUAGUUCAUCCUCCAGCGGAGAUGGUUAUGGACCAUCCAAACGUGAUGCCGGUAGUAGUUCAUCCGACGACACUAGUUCAUCCUCCAGCGGAGAUGGUUAUGGACCAUCCAAACGUGAUGCCGGUAGCAGUUCAUCCGACGACACUAGUUCAUCCUCCAGCGGAGAUGGUUAUGGACCAUCCAAACGUGAUGCUGGUAGUAGUUCAUCCGACGACACUAGUUCAUCCUCCAGCGGAGAUGGUUAUGGACCAUCCAAACGUGAUGCCGGUAGUAGUUCAUCCGACGACACUAGUUCAUCCUCCAGCGGAGAUGGUUAUGGAC